AUGGAGCAAUACAGAGAUCCUGUUUUAAGUCGAAAAAUCAGUGAUAUUAAGGAAAAUGAAAUCAAAAACACUGACUACUUAAUCAGAGACGAAGUUUUAUGCCAAAAAGUUAAACAGAACGAUGGAAGAACCAAGAUUCUAAAAAUAGUACCACAAUCUUACCAGUGGAGUAUCAAUAAUCAUUACCAUGAGGCGUUAAAGCACUUUGGUUGGGAGAAAACUCUAGACAAACUCAAAGAACACUUUUGGUUUGACAAAAUGAGCUCAAAAGUUCGCAGCUUCAUAGACAAUCGCGUGAUCUGUAAAACAUUAAAAGGGACUUCAGGUGCAACACAGAUGGAAUUGCACCCAAUAGAAAAAAUUGCGGAACCAUUCCACACUAUUCACAUAGAUAUCUCUGGAAAAUUGAGUGGAGCGUCAUCUGAAAAAGAAUAUGUCUUUGUAGCGGUUGAUGCCUUUUCCAAAUUUGUGUUAUUGAAGUACGCUUCUAAGAAAAAUCAAGAAUCAGCCCUGCAACAUCUAAAAGAAAUUAUAUUUCUUUUCGGUGCUCCCAAAAGGAUCAUCGUUGAUGGCGAUGGUGCAUUUGUGUCUCAAUAUGAACAAUAUUGCAAAAAGCACGGCAUUGAACUACACCAUCCUGCAGCAUAUACCAGUAGAGCAAACGGCCAAGCAGAAAGAGUUAUGCGUGUCAUCAAGGAUGGCCUCACUGUCAUUAGUAAUACUCAGAAAGAUCACUGGGAAUAUGCCUUAGGAGCAUUACAACUUGCUAUUAACUGCAGUGUCCAAAGCAACGGGGAAAACACCUAUUGA